AUGGCGCAGCUCAUCGUGAAGGGUAAGAAUCUCGGCCCGCACACGUUUGUCGUCCCCGUUCGCAGCCUCGAGACACAUGAGCCCCUCGAGGGCGUUUACGUGGGCGACAUCGGACCCAAGUUUGGCUACAAUUCCAUGGACAACGGCUUUGUGCUGUUCAACCAUGUCCGCAUCCCCUACGUUAACAUGCUCGCCCGCUUCCAGUACGUCGACCCCAAGACGGGCGAGUACAAGCGCCGCGGCUCGCCCGCCUUCGUGUACGGCGGCAUGACGUACCUCCGCGUCGGCAUUGCUGCCGACGCGGCGACUACGCUCGCGCGCGCGUGCGCCAUUGCGAUCCGCUACGCUGCGAUCCGGAAGCAGUUCGCGGACGAGGACAAGCCCAAGGACGGCGAGACGGCUGUGCUCAACUACAGCCUUGUGCAGCAGCGUCUCCUCCCCCUCAUCGCGACUUCUUAUGCGCUCUAUUUCGCGUGCCAGGAACUCAAGGACCUGUACGCCAACUACGACAAGCUCCUCUCCGCGGGCAAGACGCAGCAGGCCGAGGCCCUCCUCGCCGAGCUGCACGUGCAGUCCUGUGCGCUCAAGAGCCACGGCACCACCAUCUCCGUCGAGGGCAUCGAGACGUGCCGUCGCGCAUGUGGCGGACACGGCUACGCGCAGUACUCGGGCAUCGGACACUUGUACGCCGAAAUGCUGCCCAGUGUCACGUACGAGGGCGACAACUACAUGCUCACGAAGCAAGUGGCCGCCUUGAGGAUACUGCGGGAGACUUGCUUCGUGAGCGCCGUCCCCCUCUCCUCCGCGGACGACUGGACCGUGUGCGUCGCCUCAACCGACGAGGCGACUGACAAGUGCUGCGCCUCAGCCUCUGGUGUGCGGUGCCCGAUCUGGGGCUGCCGCCUCUCGCUGAAGGACUCGGCGCAGCAGAGCACCUUCACGACGUGCACGGACAAUGCGUCUGGCAUCUCGAACGGCGGCCGCAAGCGCGCGUGCAAGUCGUACCAGGCGACGUACGACGAGGCGCUGAAGCAGCUCCAGGUCGGCGAGGGAUGGUGGUCGUCCCCGCUUGCCGAGGGGCACAUUGCCUGCUCGCCCUUUGGCGGGCGCAACGAGUCGGCCGCCGAGUGCUGCACCGCCGCCAACGGCCAGAAACAGGCCAAGGACGAGGACAAACAUACCCCCGAGACGUGCAUGCUCGCCGACGCAGACAGGGCCAAUCAUGCAGUAUACAUACAGAGCGUGGGAGGCAUGGGCACUUGGGCUUGGGAACAUUACGAGAUUAUAGAGGGGAGGAGAGGAGGAGAAGGCACAGGAUAG